GAAUGCAUUGUCACCGUCCUCCUCCCAGGUCGUCACCAACCCCCAUCUCCAGAGCAUCCCUGUCCUCCUAUCCGUCCCCUCCAGCCGGUGCCCUCGGCCGCCUUCCCUCGGAAUCUCAUCGCCUUCUUUUCGCCUUACAAGGAGCCUUCGUCUCUGCCUACUCUCUGGUUGCCUCAAGUUCUGCCGUUGUGCCCUGGUCCUGAGCGUGCCCACAGUCUCCUCCCGAUCACCACCCGCCUGUGCUUUGUCGCUGUCUCCCUCGUCUCUUCCUCUGCCUUCAUUCGAGCCCCAGGCGCUGUAUCCAUCCAGUCUCUGUGUCCUCCUCCUUCAUUCCGAUCGCAUCCACCCCCGUCUCUAUCCCUUCAACUUUUCCGUUCAUCAUCUGUCAUGUACUCGGCCACAGCCUCCUCGCAGGACUGGCGAUCGUCUGAUCUUGGCGCUGUCAAUCCCCAUAUGCUCGCCUCGUCGCCCUCCUCGUCCACUCCCUCGCACUACUUUGCCCAGUCACCCGCCGGCAGUUCCGCUCCCACCACAACGGCCGCCCCGGCUCUCGAUGGCUCCAAAGGACCUCAUUCCGUCUCCUCGGCCGGCGCAUCCUCGGCUGGCAAGCCCCCGGCAAAGCCUGCCGACAAGUCUGCCGCUGCUGCCGCCCAGAAGCCCAAGCGCAUUCCUCGCCCGGCCAACAGCUUCAUGACCUACCGUGCCGACAAGCUGCAGAGCACCCUCGCCGACAACCCCGGCGCCAGCAGCAAGGAUGCCUGCAAGAUCAUUGCCAAGCAGUGGCAUUCCGAGCCCCCCGAGAUCAAGGAAUUCUACAAGAACAAGGCCAACCAGGGUCGGCUCGAGCACCAGAAAAAGUACCCUGGCUAUCGAUACACCCCCACCAAGAAGAAGGCUCCCGAGCCUGCCCCCAACACGGCCGUGCGCACGCCUUCCACCCCCGGCAAGCACCCCAUCAACGGCGGCCCAUCACGGCCCCUGGAUUCGAAUCAGUCGCAGAUGGCCGGCAUGCCCAUGAUGCACCCGUAUGCCCACUAUCCCUCGCCGCUCAUGAGCAACAUUGAGCCGCACUUCUCCCCUCAGCCCCAGCACGUCUACCCCUCUGCUGCCCAGGGCGACAUCCAGCGCGGCUCGCCCAUCAGCACCGCCCAUCGCAAGCCUGCCGAUCCAGGCUUUGUCGGCCAGGCUCAGGCCUCUGGUGCCGGCUACUACCGAUCCGAUCACCACCCUGCCGCCCAGCGCUUCCAGCAGCAGCGCACCCGGUCCAGCCCCUAUUCUGUACCCUAUGCCACCCCCAGCGGCCCCUACGACGGCGCCAUGGCCUAUCCGCCCCAGGCCGCUGAGACCGGCAAUCUUUCCGGCCAGAUCGCCUCGCAGUAUCCGCCUCAGUACAUGGCUCCCUAUCCUGGCCAGCAGGAUUCGUAUGCCUCCGCACUCGGCACCUACUCCUCGUACCCGGGCUACCGUCCCUCGGUCGCCCAGCCCCAGAGCGGCCUGGUCCAGCCCUCGAGCAUCUACUCGUCCGAUCAGCAGCAGCAGCAGCAACAACAGCAACAGCAGCAAUCGCAGCAGCAAUCACAGCAGCAGCAACAUGCCUCAUCUCUCUCCCAAACUCUGUAUCCAUAUCCCGCAAGCCAAUACGACGACGCCUACGGCACCUACAAGGGCAGCGCUACCCAAGCCUCGACCCAGGGCUCCUACCGCGCCGAGGUCUCCAACGGCUACUCCGCCAAGACGUCGGGCUACACCAGCCAGGUGUACAACGCCCAGUCUUCCUCUGGCAGCGCCCUGUAUGGCCAGCCCGGCAUCUCGAUGGUGUCCAGUACUUCGGUGCCAUCGUCGCUCGUCCCUGCCGUCGCGGACGGAUUCUCUGUCCCCAACUCGACAAACCCGUGCUGGAGUUUCAACUCGCAGCAGUAAGCCGCGACACCGGACGGCUCUGUCAUUGCAUAUCUGGGCCGUAAUGCCUGGUCGGGCCCCGGAGAGCGCCUCCUGGUCCGGCCACAAGGCACAUGGGCUUCAAUUCGUGCAGACACUUUGCCGUCGUUGUGCUGCCCGAGGGAUGGUCUUACUUUAAUUGCGACCAUCCU